ACACGGCCUUUUGAUACAUGGGUACUAGAAACAAUCUUCAAAUCGGACAAUGCAUCUCAUCACCCCAUUACUAGCUGUCGUUGCAGGCUUCGCAGCAUCCGUCGCAGCACAAGAUGCGCCUAUACAGCCUCAGUUGACCUUGCUCUACAGCAUGGACGCGCACUUGGGGGAGCGGUUCUCACUUGGUCCAAUUCCUACGGGAGAAGAGCGCAUUGUGAUUCCCAUCGUGGGCGGAUCAUUCACUGGCCCAAAGUUGAAUGGCACCGUCCUCAACCUCGGCGCCGACUGGCGUCUCACAGAUGCUCAAGGCAUCGUUCGCCCCGAUGCGCGCUACAAUAUCCGCACCAACGAUGGUACAAACAUUUAUGUUCAGACCGAAGGAUUCCCAUUACCGGAUGGCCGCACUAUGUUGAGGGGCAAGUUCGAAACAGGAUCAAAUGGGACGUAUGCGUGGAUGAACGAUGUUGUUGGUGUGGGUGUAUUGAAAAGGAAUGGUACAAGCGCGGUGAGGAUCGAGAUGUGGCAUGCAACGCCCGGAGCAUGAUGGGUCAAUCCCGAGAUUUUGCUUGUGUAUUUGGGUAAACCAAGUCAACAAAAAGAGUCUGGGUAUCCU